CAUGUUCCGGUCGCCGUGCCGGCGCAGGUAAUACAGCGCUUGACCUUGCAUUUUUCUUCUCUCUACUCGACUCGACGGGAUCAGACACGAUGGGCAACGGUGCGAAGGCUCAGCAGAAGCGCGAGAGGAACGCGGCGAAAAACGAACCCAAGGGCUCCAAGUCGCAGGCAAAGGUCAACGAGGCGGCGAAGAACAUCAUCUGCCAAAAGUGCCGCCAUGCUUUCCUCGUUACCACCCGUGCGCCUGCCCUCGAGGAACACUCACAGAACAAGCACAGCCUGAGUAUGGCCGAGUGCUUCCCCAACUACAAGUGACAAUGCGCCCCUCAACCGCC